GGGAAUUUUCUCGUUGUAGGCAAAUUUUCGUAGACAAUUGUUUUGUCGCUGCGCUUUGAUGGCGACGUUGCAAGAAUCGUUUGCCAUUAUAUAAACAUGCUGCACAGCUCCAUCAACAGUCAGUUCAGUUGUACACUUCAAGUGGCAUUUGCACCCAACUAAAAAACUAAAAAAACUAAACUAACAACAUGUUCAACAUCCGCUCCAUCUGUCUCCUGCUGGCCUGCGCCUUGUUCUGCCUGCUGUUGAGCGUAGCUGAGGCGGCGCCACGUCCACAGGAAGAACCCCAAGCCGACUUGGAGGCAGGUGUUGAGGCCCAAGAGAAGGAUCUAGAGGGCGCUGCAUCCCUUGGCUAUGGAUACUAUUCAUCGCCCUAUCUCGGCGGCUAUUACGGCGGUGGUUACUGGCCUCACUACAGCGGCAGCUAUUACGGUCUUGGUGAGUUUGGUUAUCCCUACUAUGGGGGCUACUAUGGACUCCAUCAUCACCAUGGACACUAUGGACACUACUUCUAAGCGUUGGCUAGUUGGCCUCUCUCCAUUGCUUCCAACUCAUAGUUCAGCGCUCCUGACCAAAGUCUCUCUCCAAGUGCUGACGCGCUGUCAUAGUUCGCACUCUAGCUACAAUUUAAUUGCACUCCGCUGAUGCGCAAGGAUAAUUGCUUCAAUUAAGCAACAAAAUCACAAAAAAAAUAAUACUACAAAACACAAACUCAACAAUUCUAUUAUAAUUUAUAGUGCUAAGCGUUUCAAUUUGACGACUACAGAAUCAUUUCCACAGAGCGAGAGAACAUUUACGCGCCAUAAAGGCUAAUGAAAUGCACUGUAGCAACUGCCCCGAAUCACCCAUACAUUUAAACGUAUUAUAUAAUUAGUGUUAGUCGUCAUAAAAAUGCUUGGUGAACCGUUGAAAUAAACUGCCCACAGAAAUAUAUGCGAAAUG